AUGCAGAGCAAUAUCACACGAAACGAUAGUGCGCCAUAUUUCACUCGAUGUUUGGGAAUUUACCAUUUACUAGAUCGUCCAAGUGGAAGUACACUUGCCACUUAUAUUUCAGUCAUUGUAAUUCUUUCGAUAUUUUCAGUGUUGACAGCAGUCGGCAAUGGUUUGAUAAUGUACGUCUAUGUAAAACAAAAGUCUCUACAACGAACAAACACAUUUCUCUUGGUGUGUUUGGCAUUUGUCGACUUCGUCUCAGCAGUGGUACUUGAACCAUUAUACGUUGUUCGGCUUUUAUCGGAAAUCUUCGGCUUCACUUCGUGCGUCUAUGUUCUUAUAGUUCGGCGACUACUCGAGUAUCUUCGGCCAGUUUCGUUCAUGACGUUGGCAUUGACAACAAUAGAGCGAUAUCUAGCUUUAUUUAAAGCGAUAACUCAUCGCAGAAUGGCCACAAAACGACGAUUAUUUUACGCUGUGUUGCUAAGCUGGUUCGUUUGGUUCCUGGUCAUUGGUAUUCGCUCAUUUUUCCCGUCGAAUACGAACGCUUUUUACACUUUUUAUACCUUCAUCGCCUUUUCCCUGCUCGUUGGCAAUUUAUUUAUGUAUUUCAAGAUUGGAAAGUUAGCUCGGCUCCAUAGCAGACCCACCAGGGUCUCCACCACCCCGGGGUCUGUAAGCGCGGGGUAUAAUACCAGGACCAUAGAUACUGGGUCAUUAACCGUACAGGGCGAAAAUCCUAGACCAACAAAUCCGGUAGUCCUGUUUUCCAACACAGGGGAGAAUAUGAUAGAAGGAAAGCGAAAUUUAACUGAAGUUGAAAAUCACGAAUCGAAAAGCGUUGCUAAGGAAUCAUCAACUCUAUCACAGCUUCGUGAUGGAAACGAUUUGACAAAAAUCCAUCAAGUUGACGCCAAUCAUAAUUCAUCAAAAGAAGCAGAAAUGAAGCGUCAGCUUUCAGAGCAAAACUCGUGCGAUAGUGAAGAUAAAUCAGAAGAUAAACCAGUUGAGACGACUGCUAGUGGAUUACCACAUGAAGAAGAUAACAUAACCAAUGAUACAGAGGAAUCAGAGACCUUGAAGACAUAUUUUAAAACCGCAUCAAACGAAGAAAAUUCACAAGAGAAACUUGAAGCACAAGCGCAAAACUCAGCACCACCAAACUCAACUGGAAACUCCAAGCAUUCAGACAGAAAAACCACGCGUGAAAGUCGGCGCCGGAACACCAAACGUGUAAGCUUUAAAAACGCUUCAAAAUCAGUCGUUGAAACUAGAGAAAGAAACGCGACAUGGACCGUCUUUUACAUCGUUGCUAUUAUAACAAUUUGUUAUGUGCCUAUUUCAGCUCUGCUGGUUAAACUGUCGUUUCAAAAGGAACCUGAUGCGACCUCAUUGUUUAUAUAUGUACCAAUUGCUGACACGAUAGCGUUGUUCAAUGCCCUCGUCAACCCUUUUGUAUAUUGUUAUAAGAACCGCAAGAUGAGAGAAGCAGUGAAGAAUGUUUUUCAGAAAUCAAGAAGCUUUUGAGAAAACGAACUUAUAACCUUGGCUACUUAACUCGUACUUGUGGAUAUGUAGGCUAUACAUGUUUCUUAGGUCAAACAUUAAAUCUAACUUGUGAUAGAAGGGCGAUGAUAAAUAUAUGUAUGUGCCCGUGGAAACACUGAAAAACUGAUUCACUGAAGGUUGAAACAUUAUCAUACUUAGCAGAGCGUUUUAUAAUAAUUUGAGCAAAAACGAAAGGUGUCUAUUAAUGUACGGAACUUUACAAAAUUGACAAUGAUUUUCGACCAGAAAUAAACGUUAAAGAAAAAAAUUCAACCAACCUCAAAAAUGGACAACUUUUCCUUUUGAUUUUUUGUGUUUCUUUUUGUGUUUAGGAAUUUCAUUUUCCACAAUAUCUUCAGCAUCUGCACUUUUAUGACUUGAUCC